AUGAGCGGAAAGAUCGUCUUCUUCGAGGAGAGAAACUUCCAGGGCCGCUCGUAUGAGUGCGUCAGCGACUGCUCUGAGAUCUCCUCGCACCUGAGCCGCUGCAGCUCCUGCAGGGUGGAGAGUGGGACGUUCAUGGUCUACGACCAGCCCAACUUCACGGGGCAGCAGUAUCUCCUGACCAAGGGAGAGUACCCCGAGUAUCAGAACACCCUCGGCUUCAAUGACUGCAUUCAGUCCUGCCGCAUUGUCCCUGUGCACAAGGGGCCGUACAAGAUGAGGAUCUACGAGAGACCGAACUUCGAGGGCCAAGCGCACGAACUGACCAACGACUGCGACUCCAUCCAAGACCAUUACCACAUGUCCGACACGCAGUCCUGCAACGUGGUGGACGGCCACUGGCUGAUGUUCGAGAAGCCCAACUACGAGGGCCGGAUGCUGUACCUGAGGCCCGGCGAGUACAAGAACCUCAGGGAGAUGAGCAGCGACGACAUGAGGUUCAACUCGAUCCGACGCAUCACCGAGUCUUAA